AUGUUGCAUUCAUGCACACCUGAACCUAAUAAAAAUUUAGUACUCAAAGCAUUUAAAGAAAGAGACUCAGAUAUACAUGUCCUGGUGGCAACCAUAGCUUUUGGGAUGAGCAUAUACUGUAAAGGUGUUCACCGUACUAUACAUUUUGGCCCAUCCAAGAAUAUUGAAUCCUACAUACAAGAAAGUGGACAAGCAGGAAGAGAUGGAGAGCAAAGUUCUUUAUUUAUACUUUAUCAGGGAUUAAUGCUUAAUCAUGUCAACAAAGAUAUUAAAGAAUAUCUCAAGACAGCUUGCUGCAGGAGAAAGCAUUUACUUGGAAGUUUUGAUUUAGCUUCUCAGGUUAUUAAUCCAAGUCCCAUGCACUUAUGUUGUGAUAUAUGUGCCAAGAAAUGCUCUUGCAAAAGCCUUGAAUGUGGAGUUCUUACCAAAUUUCCUUAUGAACAGCAGACCUCAAGUGUCAGUGAAAGAUCAAGGGACAUUACUGAGGAACAACUCGAUAUGGUUUAA